AUGCAAACGGAGGAUUUCUCAUCAGAUUCGGAAUCGAGUUCUUCGUCUUCAGACUCAAAUUCUGAUUCUGAGGUAGAUGAAGACCACAAAUUACAGUCAAACAUACAGAAGGGGAAUGAAAUUGUGGAGGACAUUCAGAUCGAUGCCGAUGUAGAUUUGGAGGAGCAGCCACCACAAAUAAAGGGUUUAGCACCUGAGCCUCUUGAUGCAGAACAAAUCUCUCAAGUCCAACAGAUUAAACUUACAACUACAAAGUUGAGUGCUGUUUCUGCUAACAAGGUGAGUAGCGGAGAACUUGAGCAGAUUGAAGGAACACUUAAAAAGGACCGUGAACAGUUGAAUCAAGCAUUCCUUCUGUUGAUGGCUGGUCAAUAUGCCAAUGAUAUGGAUGCGUUAAGAAAACGACCUGAUUUCACAGACAAGUCGUUGGUUAUUUUAGCUAAGACUCUUCAAAGUGGAGCGAAUAUGUUUGACGAAGAGACGCUCAGAACAGUGUUGAACUGA